AGGACGGGGCCGUGGGCCCGCGCUCCCUGGACCCCUACGUGAAGGUGGCCAGGGCCUGCCUCAUCCCGCGGGUCUACGUCUUUCUCAUCAUGGGGGGCGCGACGUUCUGGAACCAGUUCCCCGGCGAGGGCAAGACGUACUUCCAGGGGCUGUACAUGUCCGUGAUCACGCUGACGAGCACGGGGUUGGGGGACCUGGUGCCAGAGACGGAGGGCGGCCAGGUGUUCGUGGCCUUCUGGUCCGUGUUCGGGGUUGCGGCCCUGAUCAACGGGUGCGCCGCGCUCACGGAGGUGAUGGCCAUCAGCAGGCGCGCCAUGGCCAAGUCCACGCAGCGCUCGGCCAAAGCCGAGCUGCACACGUUCAAGGAGGCCCCGGCGGGCGCCGGUGCUCACCCCACAGGAGGCUCCCUGGACCGCCUGCAGUUCCUGCAGUUCUCCUUGCUCCAGGCAGGCCUGUGCGCGCCGGAGGACCUGAGGCGCAUAGACGCCGCCUUCCAGCAGUUGGCCGAGUCCGACAGCGCGCCGGGCCCCGGCGGCUCCGAGCCCACGCGCGUGCGCCUCGAGGACGUGCGCCCCAAGUGCUUCGAGACGGCGGCCGCGCGGCCGGUCCGCUGA